UCCACAUGACCUCUGUCAAUGGCUCUGUGUUUACCAUCCAGUAAUCCACAGUCACACUCACCCCAAACUGGAUUUGGCCUCAUCCUCACAUUAUAAAGUGUGUGUGGAUCAGCUAAAGUCUCAGAACAAGAAAGGAACCUUCUUCGUCUGCUUCCCUCAUGGCCUCCCCUGGCAUUAGCAGAGGUGGACUGUUUUCGGGCUUUCUCCUCUGUUUCCUUGUGCUGCAAGCCUUGGCGGGCGCUUCGGGGAUAGUCAUCGGCCUACGGCGGCACCAGGGCGGCGCGCAGAGGCGGCGGCCCACCGACCAAACAGCGUGCGACCUGUUCGCCGGGAGCUGGGUGAGGGACGACUCCUACCCGCUAUACCAGUCGCUGAGCUGCCCCAUCAUCGAUCCCGAGUUCAACUGCCAGUUAUAUGGACGGCCGGACACCGAGUACCAGCGGUACCGAUGGCAGCCGAGCGGAUGCGAGCUCCCCAGGUUUGACGGGGUUGGUUUCUUGGCGACAAUGAGGGGGAAGACGGUGAUGUUCGUGGGCGACUCGCUCGGGCGGAACCAGUGGCAGUCCUUAAUCUGCAUGCUCGCCGCCGCGGCGCCGCAGUCGCAGACCCAGUUCGUCAGAGGAGAGCCUCUCUCCACCUACAAGUUCCUGGAUUCUGGAGUCUCGGUUUCCUUCUACCGGGCACCUUAUCUGGUGGACAUCGACGUGGUGCAAGGGAGAAGAAUCCUCAUGCUGAACGAGAUAACAGGGAAUGCCGAAGCAUGGAGAGGAGCGGACGUCUUGUGCUUCAACUCCGGCCACUGGUGGACUCACAAGGGAGCUCUUCAAGGGCUCUUUCUACGAGGACAUGGAUCGAUUGGUCGCGUUCCAGAAAGGGAUGAGCACAUGGGCAAACUGGGUCGACGCUACCGUCGACAGGACCAAGACGAAGGUCUUCUUCCAGUCCAUAUCUCCCACCCACUACAAUCCGGCGGAGUGGAACGGCGCGGCCUCGAAGAACUGCUUCGGCGAGACGGCGCCGGUGGGCGGGUGGAACUACACGGCCCCGUACCCGGAGCAGAUACAGGUGAUCAAGGGCGUGAUCAAGGCGAUGAGGAGUCCCGCCGCCUUGCUCGACAUCACCGCCUUGUCGGAACUCCGAAAGGACGGCCACCCUUCCAUCUACAGCGGCGACUUGACUCCGGAGCAGCGGGCCAACCCCGACCGCUCCGCCGAUUGCAGCCACUGGUGCCUCCCCGGCCUCCCCGACACCUGGAACCUGCUCCUCUACACUGCCCUCUUCUUCUCCUGAUCCGUAUGGCGCCUCGUCUCUUCAUUCUUCUCAGUAUGAUUGCUAACCUAUCUGCAAUCUUAUUUUGCUCAUUAGCUGAUGUUAAUGGAUUAUAUUCCAUACUAUCAACUCAAAAUCAUUGUCAUUCCAAAAUACAUAUAGAAAUCAGAUCCUUGACCGAUUUAAUUCACUAAUCUGAUCAUUUAAAUCCUUCUAUUACAAGAAUCUAAGAAAAAAUAAUCUAUAUAUUUGUACCUCUCUCAAUUCCUCAAUGUGUUUGCUUUCUUAUCAUCCUCUUUACUAUUCCUUUUAUGCAAAUAACAAGUAACAAAACUAUAGGAUGUGAUAAUAUUAAGUUUUUUUGGAUAGAAUAUAAUUAUAUUUUAUUUUUGAAAAAAUAUUAAACUUAUGAUUCAACCAUUUAAUCCACCGGUUCGACUAAUUAUCUGAUUAAGUGCCCCGAGUUGUGUAAUAAAGUGAGUAUGGGUUUUGUGUUUUUUUCCUUUCUUUUAAGCUCUUUGUGUUUUAAAGAACAAGUCAGAUCAAAGAAAUUUUCACAUGAUUUAUAUGUCA